AGGUUCAUAUUAUUUUCGUGCAGAGUGUUUGGGUGAAGGAGACAAGCGGUGUGAUAACAAACCGUGUACAGAGCUUAUACAGUUUUUAUACAGUUUUUAUCUUGUCCGAUGCAUGCGGGCUGCAUACUUAUCGAAUGCAGCUGUCGAGAGCAGUAGAUUCGACAUUGAGUGACGAAAUUUUUAGAUAUAUUUGGUAUCACAAUUAACCACGACCAAGAGGCAGGCCUUAGAAAACCUUUCAAUUAUUCAUCUGGAGGCAGCAGCACUCGCGCAGGCUUCUGGAAUUAUAAGUGUUGGCAUUAUUUCCAUUUUCAUCAGUGUGUUUGGAUUGAUCUCGAGGUAUCCAGAUUUACCCCUGGUUUGUGGCUAAAAUAUAAUGAGAUGGUGAUGAGAUCGCUGUGAACUGUAAUAGUACUAUCAGGUACCAGAGUCCACAAGUCGCGAACUCUAACCUUGUCUCUGGACUUGAUCAGCUCUUAGCUUUAGAGGUUCAACAUCUGACUGCUGUGAGAAAUUAAUUAAGGUUUCUCUGCCAUUUUCUACAAGAUGGGCAAGCUGAACAUCUUUGAGAUAACACUUAGUAAUUUCCAGGGUGUGUACUAUGCUGGUCAGAAUAUGAAGGGUCACCUUACAGUGGAACUAACGAAGGAGAUGUCAAUAAUAGGGAUCAGACUGAAAUUUAAAGGAAAAGCAUCGGUUCGAUUUAGCGAAUCAAACAUAAUUCUCCUCGAGUCAACAACUUACCAUUCCAGUGAAAAGUACUUUGAAGAAGAAAUGCUACUAUUUGGAAUCCUUCCAGGACAGGGAAGGGACACAGUUAAACUUCCAGCUGGCCGGACCACUUUUCCAUUCUGCUUUGGUCUUCCUCCAAACCUCCCAUCGUCCUUUGAAGGGACAGAUGGUUCAGUAAAGUACACUGUGACAGCUAUUAUUGAUAGGUCAGGGAUGCAUACUUCCACAAAAAUUCGCCCAUUCACCAUCAUUGGCAUUAUGGACCUGAAUGCAGAUGCCAAUGCAGUGAUGCCUAUUGAGGGUGCAAAUGAGAAGACUUUGUUCGCCAGUGGACCCAUUUCUGCAUCAUUUCAUCUUGAACGCCGUGGUUAUGUUCCAGGAGAGCCUAUUAAAUUGAUGGCAAAUAUCAAGAACAACAGUAAGACGAAUAUGAAGAGCUCUUACGUAGAGCUGAAAAUGAUAACAACAUACCACACACCAGGAAAGAGCCAAACAUCUAAGAAGGCGGUCAGUAGAGUAACGGGGGGUCCUAUUGAAACGGGUCAGUCCUUUACAUGGGACGGAUCACAGAUGUUUGUGGUUCCCCCGCUUCCACCCUCAAACCUUCCGGGCUGCCAGAUUAUUGACAUCAAAUACACCCUAACGCUUAAAGUCCAGCCCUCUGCUCUGAAAGUCCCACUGGAUAUCAUCAUUGGUACCAUCCCCCUUCACGAGGUGGUUGAGUUAUGUCCUCCUCGAGCUCCACAACCAUUGCAGCCACAAAUUAGAUACCGUCUGCCUGCCUCCGGGAUGUAUGGAGGGGUUGUCAUGCCGCUUGUAUAUUCUCAGCCUGCAAUGCCCAGCAAUGCUCCAGACCUGCCACCACACUCCUACAGGAAAUGUGCUAUUAAAAAGUGGGGAGAGAAAGAUACAGAGGAUAAUGAUGACCCUCGGGGGUAUCUAGAAUAUGCUCCUUUGUACAUAUAUUAUGACUGGGGCCAUCAGCCUACCACAAUGAGUGAAGCACCUUAAUGCUUAUAAUCUCCUUCCUGGUACAAAGUUUUGUCUUUUGAAAACUUGUUUUUUUAUUGCAGAAUGUAGAGCAAAAAUAAUUUUGUUGUUUGAUAAUUUAGACCAGAUAUUCCUUAAAAGAAAGUCAAUAUACAGAUUAUUUUGUUUAGUUUCCCUUCUUUUUAUCUUUAAAGAUUUAUAGUCAAUUGUUAGUAUUGUACCUUUUGUAGCACACUGUGGCUUAUAUCUCCAAACAAAUUAAGACAAUAACAUGAACAUAAGCAGCUUUUAAAUUGUGUGCUUUUUUAUGAUAAAAUCAUGAAGAAAAAAGUGUUAUGAAUCUAUCAUUAAAUGACACUGAGAAAAAUACUUAGUUUGAUUUGUGCAUCUUUUUACUCAUGUAUGUACCUAUAUAGAUCUACAAAGAUAAAUACUGUAUAUAUAAGCAUAUCUUUAUAUCUCUGAAGCCUAUGAUGCCUUCCCCACCCACCCAGCAAAAAUUUGAACUGGGGAAUGUGUUGACAAGUAAAUGGAGAGGGGGGUGUGUGUGCAUGUGUGUAUGAAUGUGAGUGUGGUUGCCGGUUGGCAUGGGUAUUUGUGUACACUAUGCUAGUUACUCAAAGAUGAACAAUAAAACUAGCUAUAAUUAA